CCUCACUUUGCUUUAGCCUCAAGCUCUCUUCGUCCUCUCUAUUCUCCCGACUCCGUUUCCACUCUCCCAAGUCCGCAUUCAGCAAGACUCUAGUCUAAUUGUAAAUCACCCUCUAGCCAUGAUUUUGUGUUACCGUAUUGCUCUAUGGCGUAAGACAGCUUGCCCCACCAAACCUCCACGUUUCUUCAAGGGCCGGGGCUUUCCGUCCUAAACGACACAUUGCCCAAUCCGGUCAGCCAUUCGAGCUGCCUCACCUCAAUCUGAUAACACAAGCUGUACUGUAUUACACAACCACCCAUUGCCUGCCUAAUUAUUAAUAUAUCAUGACGCAAACCCCCCUCCAAAAGGUCUGCCUCAUAGGCGCAAAUGGCACCCUGGGCUCCGUCAUUCUCCGGGCGCUCGUCGACGCAAACUCCUUCGACGUGUCCGUCCUUCAGCGCUCAAACUCAUCUUCUUCCACGACCUUCGAUCCCUCAGUCACCCGCCUAGUCGCCGACCCUGAUCUCGCCGUCGACGAGCUCACACAAGUCCUCAAAGGCCAGGAUGCCGUCAUCGCCGCGUUCCCGCUCGGCCAGGGCGACCAACAUCUGCGACUCGUAGAAGCUUCGUUCAACGCCGGUGUCAAGCGCUUCAUCCCCGCCGACUUUGGGAGCUGCGACGCCAGCGACGCAGAGCCGCAAAAGUACCUGCCGCUGUAUCGCAAGAAGACGGCAGUGCGCGAAAAGUGCGAGGCUCUGGCCGCCCAGGAUGGCACAGGUUUUUCAUGGACGACUCUUGUGUGCGGCCACUUCUUUGAUCACGGGCUGCGCGACGGGCUGCUGCACUUCAACUUUGAUACCCGUACGGCUCAGAUCCUGGACGGAGGCGCCAUCAGGGCUUCGACCUCGACGCUGCGUCGCAUUGCAGAGGCAACUGUCCGCAUCCUCGAGAGACCUGUCGAGACUCGCAAUCGUGCGCUGUAUGUCCAGAGCUUCAACCCGACGCAGCUUGAGAUUGUGGCUGCUCUGGAGAAGGCAAUGGGCGAGAAGUGGCACAUCCAGCAUGUCGAUUCCAAGCCGUACUUGGAGGACGCGCAGAAAAGGCUAAGCAGCGAUGAUGAAAAGGCUGUUUUGAUCGCCAUAGAAGACAUUGUCUUUGUGCUGGGAGCUCUAGAUGCCGAUUGGACAAAGCGGGAUGGGUUUGCGAUGGAGUUGCUUGGUUUGAAGGAUGAGAGUCUGGAAGACGUUGUGAACGAGGUGGUUGCUGCGUAUAGAGCCGAGACUUUAUCGGCAUGAAGCGGUUAAGAGCUCAAUACAUGACCUUGGUUGCAUAGAGAUAUACACGCUUUAGUUAUUACAAGAGUCUGCGUAUAAUUACUGCUGACGAUAAUGUCUAUUCAGGUUUUAGGGUAGCAUUCGCAUAAAUGCUAUGGAAGCUUACAUUAAUACACACACGAUGCUCGCAGUACUGACUUUCUUG